AUGCCGCCAAACCCUUCGGCGUACGCGGGCUACCAAUACCAUGCCAUGUCCACGCUGGUGACGACGGCGGACAGGCCGCGGCAUCGCGAGAAUGAGCCUACUGGCGAGGCGGAGUCGCUCGUUGGGCGGAUCAACCCGAAGGAGAUGGGUGCGCGCGCUUUCAGGGAGGACCUGAACGUCGAGGAACGACGUAAGAAGGCGGACAAGGAGCGCGAGCGGCGGGAGAGGAAGGAGGUUGAGGGCGGCGCGCGAAAAUCGGGACGAAGCACAGUCGCCGGCGGGAUGCGCUACGGCGAUGUGCUCGAGGCAACGCAGGACCUCGAAGGACUCGACUACCGCCCUCGAACAUCCGAGACUCGCGCCGUUUACGAGCUCAUCCUCUCUCUGGUCCAUACGCUUCUCGGCGAUACGCCUCCCGCAAUGGUUCGUUCGGCAGCCGACAUGAUCCUCGGAUACCUCAAAGACGACUCGCUCAAGGACCUUGACAAGAAGCGCGAGGUCGAGUCGCUCCUCUCGAUGUCCGUCCCGAACGAGAAGUUUGCCGAGUUGACGGCGCUCGGCAAGAAGAUCACCGACUAUGGCGACGAGGAGGACACGGGGAAGGGUGCUGCCGAGGACGAGGACGCCGACGCCGGCAAAAUCGAUGACGACGUCGGUGUCGCCGUUGUAUUCGAGGAGGAGGAAGAGGACGAGGAUCAGGAGGAUGGCGAAGGUUUCGAGGUCCGAGACGAAGACACCGACGAGGACGAGGACGAACGCGUCGAGGGUCCUACGGGCACUGGAGGAGGCGUCGGCGACGAUGAGAUGGCUACGGGCGCUGACAUGGACGGCGACGGCGAUACCGUCCUUGUCGGUGGCGAAGGCGCUCCUUCAGCACGCGGCAAGAGGGGCGCGACCAAGGACGGUUCGGUUCCCGCUCGCGAGAUUGACGGGUUCUGGCUUCAGCGCCUGUUCGCCUCGUCAUACCCCGACCCGAUCGAGGCUGCUCAGAAGACCGAGCAGGCGAUGUCGCUUCUCUCGUCCGAGGGUAACACACGCGAUGUCGAGAACAGCCUCAUGGACCUCACCGACUACGACAAGUUCGAGCUCGUGUCGACUCUCGUCGCCAACCGCGAGAAGAUUGUCUGGUGCACAAAGCUCGCAAGGUCCAACGAUGACGAGAAGAUGGAUGUCGAAGUCGCCAUGCGCGAAAAGGGCGUCGGAUGGAUCUUGAAGGAGCUGCGCGGCGAGACCAGCAAGUCGCGCGCGAACGGCGACGCGAUGGAUGUCGACGUCGCGACCAAGCCGGUGACAGUCGGUCCCGCCAAGGGGACGCUCAAGCCGGGCGAGGCAGCUCCCCCGCCCCGCAAGGUCCUUGACCUCGAGUCGAUGGCGUUCGCGCAAGGAGGUCGCCUCAUGUCGAACAAGAAGUGCAAGCUUCCGGAGGGCUCGUUCAAGCGUUCAAAGAAGGGCUACGAGGAGAUUCACGUUCCAGCGCCCAAGCCAGCACCGCUCAAGGACGGCGAGCUUGUACCCGUCUCGAGCAUGCCGCAAUGGGCGCAGGAGGCGUUCAAGGGAAACCCGACGCUCAACAGGGUUCAGAGUCGCCUCUUCCCCGUCGCGUUCGGUACCGACGAGCCCCUUCUGCUUUGUGCCCCGACGGGCGCAGGCAAGACGAACGUCGCCAUGCUCACGAUUCUCAACGAGCUUGCCAAGCACCGCAACGAGGCUACGGGCGAGUUCGACUUCUCGGCCUUCAAGAUCGUCUACGUCGCUCCGAUGAAGGCCCUCGUGCAGGAGAUGGUCGGCAACUUCACCAAGCGCCUCUCGCCGUACGGCGUCGUCGUCAACGAGUUGACUGGCGACCGUCAGCUCACCAAGCAGCAGAUUGCCGAGACGCAGAUCAUCGUCACGACGCCGGAGAAGUGGGACGUCAUCACGCGCAAGAGCACCGACACGAGUUACACGAACCUCGUCUCGCUCAUCAUCAUCGACGAGAUCCACCUCCUGCACGACGAGCGUGGACCGGUGCUCGAGUCGAUCGUCGCGCGCACGAUUCGCCGCAUGGAGCAGACGCACAACUAUGUCCGCCUCGUCGGUCUCUCGGCGACUCUGCCCAACUUCAAGGACGUCGCGCGCUUCCUCAAAGUCGACCCGGACAAGGGCCUCUUCUACUUCGACUCGUCCUACCGCCCCUGCCCGCUCAAGCAAGAGUUCAUCGGCGUCACCGAGAAGAAGGCGAUCAAGCGGUACCAGGUCACGAACGAGAUCUGCUACGAAAAGGUGCUCGAGCACGCCGGCAAGGACCAGGUCAUCAUUUUCGUCCACUCGCGCAAGGAGACCGCCAAGACGGCGCGCUUCCUCCGCGACGCUGCGGUCGAAAACGAGACGAUCACCCAGUUCCUCCGCGCCGAUCCGGCCACGCGCGAGAUCCUCACAACCGAGGCCGAGUCUGUCACCGACCCGAACCUCAAGGACCUCCUUCCCUUCGGCUUCGCUAUCCACCACGCCGGCAUGAACCGCGUCGACCGCACCCUCGUCGAGGAUCUCUUCGGCGAUGGCCGCAUCCAGGUGCUCGUCUCGACUGCGACGCUCGCCUGGGGUGUCAACUUGCCCGCCCACGUCGUCAUCAUCAAGGGCACGCAGAUCUACAACCCGGAGAAGGGUCGCUGGGUGGAACUGUCGAGCCAGGACGUCCUCCAGAUGCUCGGACGUGCGGGUCGACCGCAGUACGACACCUUCGGCGAGGGCAUCAUCAUCACGAACCAUUCCGAGCUUCAGUAUUACCUCUCGAUGAUGAACCAGCAGCUCCCGAUCGAGUCGCAGUUCGUCUCAAAACUCGCCGACAACCUUAACGCCGAAAUCGUCCUCGGAACCGUCCGCAACCGCGAUGAGGCUGUUCAAUGGCUCGGAUACACGUACCUCUACGUGCGCAUGCUCGGCACGCCAUCGCUCUACUCGGUCGACCCGAACUACGCCGAGGACGACCCUCUGCUCGAGCAGAAGCGGUCCGACAUCGUCCACACGGCCGCUGUCCUCCUCGAAAAGUCCGGCCUCGUCCGCUACGACCGCAAGACGGGCGUCUUCCACAGCAACGAGCUCGGCAGGAUCGCGUCCGGGUACUAUGUCACGCACAACUCGAUGGGCGUUUACAACCAGCACCUCAAGUCGGCGAGCGGCUUCAUCGAGCUCUUCCGCAUCUUCUCGCUGUCGGAAGAGUUCAAGAACGUCCCCGUCCGGCCCGAGGAGAAGCUCGAGCUCGCCAAGCUGCUCGAGCGCGUGCCGAUCCCGGUCAAGGAGUCGGUCGAUGACCCGUCGGCCAAGAUCAACGUCCUCCUCCAGGCGUACAUCUCGCAGCUCAAGCUCGACGGCUUCGCCCUCGUCGCCGACAUGGUCUACGUCACGCAGUCUGCCGGCCGCAUCCUCCGCGCCAUGUUCGAGAUCUGCCUCAAGCGCGGCUGGGCGGCGCUCACGCACAAGGCGCUCGCGCUCUGCCAGAUGGUCGAGAAGCGCAUGUGGGGCACGAUGACGCCGCUCAGGCAGUUCAAGGGCGUCCCGCUCGACGUCGUCAGGCGCGCGGAGCGGAAGGAGUUCCCGUGGUACCGCUACUUCGACCUUGAGCCUGCCGAGCUCGGGGAGCUCAUCGGCGAGCCCAAGGCUGGCCGCCUCGUCCACCGUCUCGUCCACCAAUUCCCGAAGCUCGAGUUGCAGGCGCACGUCCAGCCGAUCACCCGCUCGCUCCUCCGUGUCGAGUUGACGAUCACGCCCGACUUUCAGUGGGAGGAGAAGGUUCAUGGCGGCGCCGAGUCGUUCUGGGUCCUCGUCGAGGACGUCGACGGCGAGGUCAUCCUCUUCCACGACCAGUUCCUCCUCCGACAGCGGUACGCCGAGCAGGACCACUACGUCACCUUCACCGUUCCGAUGCUCGACCCUCUCCCGCCCAACUACUUCAUCUCGGUCGUCUCUGACCGCUGGCUUCACGCCGAGACCCGCCUGCCCCUCUCCUUCAAGCACCUCAUCCUCCCCGAAAAGUUCCCGCCGCCGACAACCCUCCUCGACCUCCAGCCGCUCCCCGUCUCGGCACUCCACAAUCGCGAGUUCCAGGCGCUCUACUCGGACAUCGAGGCGUUCAACAAGAUCCAGACCCAGGUCUUCCAGGCGCUGUACACCGCGAACGACAACGUCUUUGUCGGCGCGCCGACUGGCUCGGGCAAGACGAUCUGCGCCGAUUUUGCUCUGCUUCGGCUUUGGUCGCAGGCCGAGCCGCGGCGAGCAGUCUGCAUCGAGCCGUUCCAGGAGAUUGUCGAUGCCCGCGUCGCCGAGUGGCGGACCAAGUUCGGCAAGCUGCAGGGCGGCAAGGAGGUUGUCGCGCUUACGGGCGAGACGAGCGCCGACCUGAGGCUGCUCGACAAGGGCGACCUCAUCGUCUGCACGCCGACGCAGUGGGACGUUCUGUCGCGACGGUGGAAGCAGCGGAAGAACGUGCAGACUGUCGGCCUGGUCAUCGCUGACGAGCUCCAGCUCAUCGGCGGCGAGAUCGGUCCGACGUACGAGGUCAUCCUGUCGCGGACGCGGUACGUCGCGGCGCAAACCGAGAACCCGACUCGCAUCGUGGCGUUCGGCGUCUCGCUCGCAAACGCCCGCGACCUCGGCGAAUGGCUCGGCUGCACGGCGCAGACGAUCUUCAAUUUCAGCCCUGGCGCGCGCCCGCUGCCGAUGGAGGUCCACCUCCAGUCCUUCAACGUCCCGCACUUCCCGUCGCUCAUGAUCCAGAUGGCGAAGCCGACGUACCUCGCCAUCACCGAGUACGCCAACGACCGUCCGGUCAUCUGCUUCGUCCCUUCGCGCAGGCAGUGUCGCGCGACAGCGGACGACAUCCUCACCUACUGCCUCGCCGACCAGGAAGAGUCGCGCUUCCUCAACGUCGAACCUUCCGAGCUCGCACCUCACCUCGAGCACGUCCAGGACGCCGGCCUGCGGGCGACGCUCGAGCACGGCGUCGGCUUCUACCACGAGGCGCUGUCGAAGCAGGACAAGCGCGUCGUCGAGAUGCUGUACAACUCGGGCGCGAUCCAGGUCGUCGUCGCCUCGAAGGACGUCGCGUGGAGCAUGCCGCUGACGGCGUACAUGGUCGUCAUCAUGGGCGUCCAGUCGUUCGAGGGCAAGGAGCACCGUUACGUCGACUACCCCUUCACCGACGUCCUCCAGAUGAUGGGUCGCGCCUGUCGCCCCGAGCACGACUCGUCUUCCCGCUGCGUUUUGAUGUGCCAGCAGGUCCGCAAGGACUUCUUCAAGAAGUUCCUCAACGAGGGUCUCCCGAUCGAGUCGCACCUGCAUCUUUCCCUGCACGACCACUUCAACGCCGAGAUCGUGACCAAGACCAUCGAGAACAAGCAGGAUGCGGUCGAUUGGCUCACCUGGACCUGGAUGUACCGCCGCCUCGUCGCCAACCCGAACUACUACAACAUGCAGGGCACGACGCAUCGGCACCUCAGCGACCACCUCUCCGAGCUCGUCGAGUCGACCCUCGCCGACCUGCAGAACUCGAAGGCGAUCACGGUCGAAGACGAGAUGGACGUCUCGGCGCUCAACCUCGGCAUGAUCGCCGCAUACUACAACAUCAACUACGUGACGAUGGACAUCUUCUCGAUGUCGCUCACCGAGAAGACCAAGCUCAAGGGUCUUCUCGAGAUCGUCUCGUCGGCCGCCGAGUUCGAGAACGUCCCGAUCCGCCACCACGAGGACCAGCUGCUUCGCAAGGUGUACGACCGCGUCCCGGUCAAGCUCGCCAACGUCGACUACGAGUCUCCCCACUUCAAAGUCAACGUCCUCCUCCAGGCGCACUUCUCGCGCCUCACUCUCCCCGCCGACCUCGCCGCCGACCAGGCCCAGAUCCUGCCAAAGGUCAUUACGCUUCUCUCGGCAUGCGUUGACGUCGCCGCGAGCUCGGGCUACCUGAACGCCGUCGGUGCAAUGGAGCUCGCGCAGUGCGUUACGCAGGCAACCUGGGACAGCGACUCGCCCCUGAAGCAGAUCCCGCACUUCUCGAGCGAAGUCAUCCAGCGCUGCCAGGCUGCUAACGUCAACUCGGUUUACGACCUCCUCGAGCUCGAGGACACCGAUCGCGACAAGAUCCUCCAGUUCACACCCCGGCAGAUGCGGGACGUCGCUGCGUUUGCGAACAGGUACCCAAGUGUUGAGGUGACGUACGCCAUCGAGGACCAAGACGAGCUGUCGGCAGGCGAGCCCAUCGUCGUCAAUGUCCACCUCGAGCGCGAGGCCGACGAGGACGAGGAGAUCGACACGACCGUCAUCGCGCCGUUCUUCCCGGCUCGCAAGACGGAGCAGCAGUACCUCGUCCUGGCAGAGCGCUCGACCAAGCAGCUCCACGCGGUCAAGAAGGUGACGGUCAACCGGCGCCUCUCGACGAAACUCGAGAUGACCUUGUCCAAGGGCUCGCACGACCUCGUUCUCCUUCUCAUCUGCGACUCGUACCUCGGGUGUGACCAGGAGUUCGAGCUCAACGACAUCAAGGUGGCCGAGGCGGCGGAGAGCGAUGACGACUCGGACGGUGACGAGAUGGAUGAGGAUUAG